AUGCCUGUUCCUGAGAUCUCUGUCCGAUCAUCAGACCCAGAAACUUUUGCGCGUCUCUUUCCAUCAAUGGAUCGCUUGUCCAUUCGACAUGACGACCGAACUGCCGAUGGUAACAUGAAUCUCCGUGUCGAUGCUAUUGUACCGGAUCUGUCAUCGCGCCGUCGCCGCGCCGUCGCCAUCCAGCUCUUCCACCUGCGCAUGCAUGAUCUCGCCAAGCGAGAAUUUUCGCUGAGGCGGUACUGCCGCGACUCCGGCCGCGAAGUAUGCAACUCCAAGGGCGCCAACCCUCGCCUUGAGCGCGCAACAACAUCGUCCUCCUCUUCUCUCUCACGAUCCGUCACCAGUGCUUUGCGCUCGGUAAAGACCUCUUUUCGACGAUCUAGCGGUGCCUCUACGGAAAAGGCCGCUGCCUUGUCUACAACUCCGGACCCUCGUCGUCCUUCGUUUGGCAGCAACAACACCUCCUGGGGCUGCGGUGGCUCCAUCUACUCCGAUGAAGCAGUAAACUCCGACUCUGAUGAGCCCAAGCUCCCUUCAGCACGACCCAUCCCGCUCAACACUCUCAAGCUUGAGUUUAGCAACUACGCUCGCGUGGAUAUCGUGCGUCGCCUAGGCAAGCAAUAUGACUUUCAAUGGUGGGGGCACAACUACGCCUGGCGCCGAGUGAUGGAUAAGGCUCUUGGCAACACUGCUUUCCAUUUGCUGCGCGAUAAGGAGGUUGAGCCGGUAGCGGUUAUUCUGCCUGAAGGCCGCAGCCCGACCCAGGUCGAGGCUGAUCAGGCUGCAGGCAACUGGAUUCCCCAGUGCUACAUGUGGAUCAACGACAAGUCUAUCAUCGAAGCCUUGACUGACGUAGCUGAUGUUAUCAUUGCUACUGGUCUCAUGGCACUCGUCGAUGACUCCAUCCUUAGCCGCUGGCCGCCAGCGAAAAAGGCCGGUACUUACAGCCGCCCUGUCACGCCAGCUCGGCCCCACACCGCACCCGGUGCUACUACGACAGCCACUGCCGCUGUUGGAAACGCCACUACAGUUGUUAACAAUCACACCGUUUCAGUGUCUCAGCCCCGAACGAAGACGCUUGUACACGGGCUUCUGAACAAGGCCCAGACAUUCAGCCCCCUGCGACUCAGAGGACAUACUGUGCUCGCUUACUAA